AACGUUUCAAAAUGCUGGAACUAAAAGUGACCCAGCCAGGCGUGAACAGCACAGGUGCGCACCAUAGAUAAAUUGCCCAAGGCUGAAUUCAAUCUUCAUAACACCAAAGUGGGCGUCAUAGGCCUAUAAAAAGGUCAUUGUAAGUGUAACCUGUUAUAAGACUAUCCAAAGGAAAAACACAAUGAAGGUAUUUGUUAGCAGAACAACGAAGAAACCCUUCAGAGAGCAGAAGAGGAAAAACAAGGCCUACUCCACCUUCAUCUACAGGAUCCGGAGAGAGGUUGGAAAUAAUGGGCCACAUUUGGCAUUACUUAAAGCUAUUUGGUGUAAAUUAAUGUCACAGGGCUCGCCAACCCUAUUCCUGGAGCGCUACCCUGCUGGUGACUGCAUCCCCACCAUGGACCGUUUAUUGGUGAACGAGUCUACCUGCCCACGGAGGGUGCUGGUCCUUCUGGUCGGCUCCGAGGCCGCCCGCCUGUCACGGCUCAACAGGAGGAAAGUCAUCACCCAACUAGAGGUCCACACUGCCAUGGCAUGGCUGAGACAAGGGAGAAAACAUGCCAGGCAACCGGGCGCCUGAAUGCUCUUAUGAACGCUUUGAAUUUUAUGUAUAUUUAAUAAAGAUGUCCUGUUUUUACUCAUCGUGUUGUCAUUCCAGCAAAUCAAUGCACCACUAAAUGUUUAAAACCAGUUGCGCACCUGAAGGCUGUAUAAUUGAAUGUUAAAGCGGUAUGCUCUCGCCUCUAAUGGCGGGCCAAUUACUUCGAGGGGCGGGGAAAGGCAUGGCCAUAAUUGAUGCAUUUGCUUGUCUUGUCAGGGGCGCAGAUGUGCGCCAAACUCAGUCAACCAUAGCCGAACUCCGGCGCGUGGGGAAAGCUGAAAUCAAAUGGACCCUUUUGUUCCUCGCUGUGCGUGACGCCCACUCAAAACACGCGUGUUGCUUAAGGAAGUAGAAGCGUACACCAUGUACAAGACUCUCUUUGGCGUAGACUCUACUGCGGCACAACCAAACAUCUUUAUCAACCUAACCGGUGUCCAGGAGGAACAGGCGUGUUCCUAGAUGAGCUGGGUAGUCUUGGACUUGUCGCAGGUCACUGGCAGCAGAGACCUGGAAGGAAAGGCGGCCAAAGGAGGUGUUGGCUUUGGGGAUGACCAGUGAGAUAUACGAGGCGACUGUAGUGACUGCUGGACGCCUGUAGUGACUAGCAUUAUGGGAUGUGGCACCUCCGUCACCACCGACAACAAGAGGAGGAGACUGACGACAGACCAGAUGGCCAAGAAAACUCCCAGCCCUGCACUGGCUAUGAAGGCAGCCAUCCUGAUCCAGCGCUGGUACAGACGUUACAUCGCCAGGUUAGAGAUGAGACAGCGAUACACCUGGAACAUCUUCCAGUCUAUAGAGUAUGCUGGGGAGCAGGACCAACUACAGCUCUCCAGUUUCUUCAGUUUCAUGCUGGACAACUUCACUCAACUCAAUGGGAAUGGCCCAGGUUUUCCAGAAAUCCCGGUUGGAAGAUUCCAGGAAUCAGGAGGCAAUCUGAUCUCCCACCUGCUGGACCCAGUGGUUGACCCGUGGUCAGACAGAGAGAGACAGAACAUGUAUGAACAGAUCACUGUUCCUGAGUCCUACAGCGGUCCUCACCUCACCUUCCCCCUCACCGUCUCUCACACCAACGCCCUGCUCUCUGCAUUCAAAGAGCAACAGCCUCUCCACGGCAGAUACAUGCUGCAGUUGUUACACCAGACUAAGAAGCUCCUGAAACAGAUGCCAAACGUCAUUCACCUGUCCACACCCUACGCCAAGGAGAUCACAAUAUGUGGAGAUUUACAUGGCCGUCUAGAUGACUUGCUGCUCAUAUUCUACAAGAACGGCCUCCCCUCGGCAGAGACGCCGUACGUGUUCAACGGGGACUUCGUGGACCGAGGGAAGAAGUCUGUGGAGGUCAUCAUCCUGCUGUUUGCCUACCAGCUCCUCUACCCAGACCACAUGACCCUGAACAGAGGCAACCACGAGGACCACAUCAUGAACCUCCGAUAUGGAUUCACUAAAGAAGUUAUGCAGAAGUACAAGACACAUGGCAGGGACAUCCUACUGCUGGUCCAGGAUGUGUUCAGCCUCCUCCCCAUAGCAACAGUCAUCGAUAACAAGGUGCUCAUCGUCCAUGGAGGAAUAUCAGACAUGACGGACCUGGAUUUCCUCAGCUCUAUUGAGAGACACAAGGUGAGAUCUGCCCUGAGGCUUCCUAGGAGGAGUCUGAACCAUCUGGAGGUGACUAGGAGUAGUAGACAGGGCCAGCCAGAGAGCCCCCGGUGUAGGAGCAGGGGCCAGCCAGAGAGCCCCCGGUGUAGGAGCAGGGGCCAGCCAGAGAGCCCCCGGUGUAGGAGCAGGGGCCAGCCAGAGAGCCCCCGGUGUAGGAGCAGGGGCCAGCCAGAGAGCCCCCGGUGUAGGAGCAGGGGCCAGCCAGAGAGCCCCCGGUGUAGGAGCAGGGGUCAGGACCAUGGCAACACCCCCAAGAAGAGACGUCACCUCACCAGACAGGGCAGCUCCUCCUCUUCCUCCUCAUCCUCACUGUCCUCCCCCCGGGGGUCGUCCCGCCUCAUUCUGUGCCGCUGCCUUUCUCCCAGCAUGCUGAGCCCCACCAACAACCUCCAGGUGCCCUUCCUGGACUCCUUCACCGCCCUCCCCGUCCGUCAGCCACCCAGGGAGGAGUUGGAGUGGAAACAGGUAGUAGAUUUGCUGUGGAGCGACCCGAAGAGCCAGCCAGGCUGCAGUCCCAACACCUUCAGGGGAGGAGGCAGUUACUUCGGGCCAGACGUGACCAGACGCCUGCUGGAGAGACACGGCAUGACUCUGCUGAUCAGAUCACAUGAGUGUAAACAGGAGGGCUACGAACUCUGCCACGACGGACAGGUGAUCACCAUUUUCUCUGCGUCUAACUACUAUGAGGAGGGUAGUAACCGUGGAGCUUACAUUAAACUAGGCAGAGAGCUGGUCCCUCGCUUCUUCCAGUACCAGGUCAGCAGGAAUACCAGGAAACUCACCCUGACUCAGAGGGUGAAUGUGGCAGAGGGUUCGGCUGUAAGGGCUGUACAGGAGAAGCUGUUUUCCCACCGCUCAGAACUCAUGGCUGCCUUUCAGCAGUAUGACACAAGUAACAGUGGCUGUAUCUCUGUCAGUGAGUGGGCCCUGGUGGUGGAGUCAGUCGUGAGACUGGACCUGCCCUGGAGGACUCUGCGCCCGCGCCUGGCACGGCUGGCUCCAGAUGGCAGCAUCGACUACCAGUCCUGCUUCGAGGACAUGGGCCCGGGACAACCCAUACCCCAGGUCACUCCAAACUUGGCUGAAACUCUUUACAGGUAUCGAACAGACCUUGAGAUUAUCUUCAACAUCAUGGACAAAGACCACUCUGGUCAGAUAUCCAUCGAGGAGUUCCGUCAGACCUGGCAUCUGUUUAGUGCUCACCUAGGUGUGGAAGUGGAUGACCGGGCCAUAGAUGAACUGGCUAAGAGUAUAGACUUCAACAAGGAUGGUAGUAUCGACUUCAACGAGUUCCUAGAGGCCUUCAGGGUGGUGCACAAACUGGAUGUUAAGGACCAACAGCAGGGCUGAGAGAAACCUUGUUGUUGUGCUGAAGACUCACAUUAGCUACCCGGGCAAUGACUUGGCUUUAGCUCAGUGAGCCAACACUGGCAGCAGGGCUGAGAGAACUACAAAGACCAGCAGCUAGGUUGAUAGAACUACAAAGACCAGUGACUAGGCUGAGAGAACUACAAAGACCAGCAGCUAGGCUGAGAGAACUACCAAGACUAGCAGCUAGGCUGAGAGAAUUACAAAGACCAGCGGCUAGGCUGAGAGAACUACCAAGACCAGCGGCUAGGCUGAGAGAAUUACAAAGACCAGCGGCUAGGCUGAGAGAACUACCAAGACCAGCAGCUAGGCUGAGAGAACUACCAAGACCAGCAGCUAGGCUGAGAGAACUACCAAGACCAGCAGCUAGGCUGAGAGAACUACCAAGAUCAGCAGCUAGGCUGAGAGAACUACAAAGACCAGUGGCUACAAAGACAAGCUGCUAGGCUGAGAGAACUACAAAGACCAGCAGCUAGGUUGAGAGAACUACAAAGACCAGCGGCUACAAAGACCAGUGGCUAGGCUGAGAGAACUACAAAGACCAGCUGCUAUGCUGAGAACUACAAAAAAACAGCCACUAUGCUGAGCGAGAACUACAAAGACCAGCAGCAGGCUUGAGGGGAGCCAUGCUCGCCUUGGCUUUAGCUCUGCAGGCUUAAACAGUCUUGUGGUCAACCAUACACUCAGUGUAGCACAUGCAGUUGCAUGAGUCAGGAAUAUAUCUAGGAGAUGUGGUCACCCUUCUCCCUGUGGUGUAGAACAUGUCUCAGAGGAGAACACACUACUCUCACCAGCUACUGAUAUGGAGGCGGACCAACACAUGUGAGGUUUCUACAGACAACGCAGACAAGAGCUCCCCGCGACAUGUCCUAGCUCUGCUCUGCAGACCAACAGCACUUUGCCCCAUCUUUUCUAGGUCUGAGACAGGGCUGUAAACUCUGAGACCAGACUGCUACAUCCUCUCUUCAGGGUCAAAGGUCCAAUGCAGAUGUUUUAAUUUUAAAAAAUCUCAAUAUUAAAUCAUGUCUGGGUAAGUACCUUACUGCGAUUGUUUUUCAUUAAAAUGGUCAAAAAGAAACUAAAAUAGCUUAUUUUUAGCAAAGAGCUAUUUCUCAAGCAAGAAUUUAGCUAUGACAGUCUGGGAGUGGUCUGGAAAACUGAAAAUGAUCUGUUAUUGGCAGAGAGGUUUCGACGUCUUUCUUAUUGGUCUAUUAACUCAUUUACUUCCUGGUGAGGUCACCAGGCAGGUCAAAACCAUCCCACCAGAACAGGCUGAAAUGUAUUUUUAAACAACUCUUACACUUAAAAGGUCAUUUAUCGUAAAUUUGACAGUAUUAUUCCAACCUCAUAAAAGGCAGCGUGUAAAGUAAAUGAUCUGUUAUUGGAAGAGAGGUUUCGACGUCUUUCUUAUUGGUCUAUUAACUCAUUUACUUCCUGGUGUAAAGUGUUGGUCCCAUGUUUCAUGAAGCUGAAAUAAACAAUCCCACAAAUGUU